UAAAGUAUUUACAGAUAUUAAGAUAAAAUUACCUAUGUUUAUUUUACAGGUAUCAAAUAACAUACAAAAUGUCUCUAAUUUUUAGGUUAGCUGGACGUCAAACCUAUUCACAUUUUUUAAAGAACGAACGAACUGGACUGCUUGGUACAAUCAGACCUGUGACUCUACAACCUAAACCCGUAGAGGUAUGCAAAAAUGAAGGACAUGAUGAACGUAACAUUAGACUUAAAAGACCGCAGUCUCCACAUUUGUCCAUUUAUGCCCCACAGCUGACCUGGCUACUGUCAAUUACGCAUAGGGGAACUGGUAUGAUUCUGGGGAGUUAUAUGAUUGGAUUUGGUCUCACUGGUUUGUCCUGCCCUGAUCAAAUUCCUGUUUGGAUUGACGCUCUUCAAUCACUUCCCACUCCAGUCUUACUUGGAGUAAAAUUCUCUUUGAGCUUUCCCAUGGCAUACCAUUUCUGGAAUGGUAUUCGUCAUUUGACAUGGGACAUGGGCAAAUGUUUAACACUCGACGGUGUCUAUACAACUGGAUACAUUAUGUUGGCUCUUACUUUGUUGUCCAGCAUUGGCCUGACCAUGCUAUAAAUUGAAAAUCAGAGUAUUAUGUAAAUAAAGAAAUUAUUUUGAAUAUGAA